UUGCAGAAGACAGUCACAGAAAACUCUCCUAAAGGAAGCGCUUGCGACGCCUUGAAAAGAUUUUCCUCGGUUUUAUACGUUCGGUGUGAGAACACAUUUAGCAGCACAGGCCUACUGGGCUGGGAUAUAUAGGGAAUGGCAGUAUGCGUUACGUGUACCAUUGCGUGUAUGUUUGUGUGUGCGUGUGUGUGUGUGUGUGCAGUGUUGUAGCAUAAAUAGAAUAACAACUACACCGCGAUACCUUGACAAAACCUACCUACACUCUACCCACUAUAUCAUCAUGCAUCAUCUCUGAGACUCUCCGGGGAUCCAGUAAACACCAGCGUGUGCACUAUUAGCCUAGAAGAAGCCUACUGUCGUUACCUACUACUUCGGCUUGGUUUAGGACGCGACGGCGACCGACGCUGCGUCAAAGAAUGCGCUGCCUUUGGUCGCGUUAUCACCCAGCGUCGCCUUGAGUAUCGUAGGAUUGUCACAUAUUGAUGGAUCGGUGUCUUCGAAAGUAAGCCACCUCUCUACUACAGUGACCGCGAUGUGCGCGUAUGUGGCUUAGAUUUAGGCGCUCAUUUUUAGUUAGCCUUCUUCUUGCCCUUGUUGUAGGGGCUAUCUUGUUUUCCUAUAACCGCCACACGACGCUACAGGUCCUUUUUACGAUGGCACAGCGUGUCUAAUGAGGAAAACUUAGCAGGAAUGCACUUCCACAGCAAAAUGUUAAACACCAGCGAAACGAGAGAGAACGAGAGAGCGAACACCGGGGCGUGGCAAGGACGCGACCUCAAUAGGAUACCGUAAUAGAAAGCAAUGCAUAAAAUAGAGAGAAAACAUCUAUAAAAAUAUACAAAUAUAUACAUACUAAUCAACAUAGCUAACGAAAGCAAAGCGGAAGAAGCCAACAAGCAGAAUGGGUAUAAUAUUGUAGCAAAAGAAAGCAGUAAGCAGAACAAAAACGAUUAUGAAUAAAACAGAAAAAACACUACAUCUAUUCCCCUAGCGCGCUCUUCUCUAGUGCAACGCGAAUCGUUGGAGUGGAGCGGAUACUGCGGUCUCCACACCACACAUUAUCAUGAACGUGCGAGGCAAAGGCAAACAUAGCAGCAACAUCCAUCUUGGCAUGCCACUUGUUUUCAAAUUAACUCCCAUUCCUACUACUACUAUUACUACGUCCUGGGUGGGGCAAACAGUGGAGUACCUUUGACUAAUGCAUAAUGUGUUACACUAUACCUUAUAGGCUUCUACCAAUUAUAGGGCUCAGGAAUGAGAGUCGGGAGUAUGCAUAUAGAUACCAGCCGGUGGUAAUAAAGAAUUCGAAUCGCGAAAUUGGCGAAGCGCCUGAUACGCGCCUGAUAGUGUGUAAUAGUUAUACUGCAAACGAUGAAAUACAUACAACACAACACAACGGCAACAGCACGUGUGGCGUGAAGCGGAUCAAUUACGGGUCUGGAGAUUUGAUUGU